GGCUUGUCAAGCCCUGCAGCUCACCCUGGCAGGGGGUCGUGGCCCUCAGGGGUGUUACAACAAGGGGCUACAGCCCUGUCACAGGAAAACAAGCCUGUGAGUUCACAGUGCUGUGAGGAGACAGAGGAGGAAGCACUAAUGGGGCCUGGCGGGGCGACCUGGGUUGGGAGAGCGCUCUGGGGGUGGAGCUAGGGAGACAACGACAGUGUGGCAGGCGUGGCUUCAAUACCAGUUCUGAGGCUUGAAGGUUCUCAAGUUCAGGAGGUGACUCUGAGUCCUGAGUCCGAAGCUAAGUCUCUCAAAGGAAAGAAGAAAGAUCACCAAUGACAGAAGACUGUUGCAGCAUAGCCAUAGGAAGAGCUUGCUUUGUGCUCGGGCUAGAACACACUUCAGUCGGCUGCUUUUAGAGUUCACCAUUCAUAGAGGAUCAGCCCACCUGUCCAUCAUGGCAACUGCAGAGGCCAUAUGUGAAGGAGCAGACGGUCCUGUAUUAGAAACCACCCAGCAAGACUUUUUGCAAGAAGCAAAAUCUCUUAUUGCCCAACAUUACAAACGAAUAAAUGAGAAUAAGUCUCAAAGUACUUCUAUAAACGUUUUUAAAAAUAAACACCAAAAACCAAAAACUGGCAAGUAUAUCCCUUUUGAGAUUAAGAAAAGUGAAAUCCUCAGUGUCGUUAAAGAACAUCGGACGGCGCUGAGAAGCAUUAACUAUCCCAAGGACACUUCCAAAUGUGCACCUUUAAGUGAGGACUCGCAGCAAAUUUCCUUCACGGAACCACAUGUUUUGAAUAUAAAAGAGAAGUACCAGCCUAUAGAUCUUUUCAAGAAUGAAAAAGUUAAACUGAGUAAAAUAAUGACCGAUAUUGAAUCUGUGAGUAAGAAAAUGGAGAAAGAAAAGCAACUGAACCUCAGAAAAUCCAGAAUGUUGGAACCCUUCCAUUCCCAUCUUGGCUUACCUUUGCUGAAUCUGACCUCUUCUAUGGGACUUCUGAGAGAACCUGCAGACAGGAUGUUUUAUGACUGGAGAAGCACUGCAUCCACGAGGUCCUCCCGUUUGCCUCACGGGUCUGUUCAGACCCUAUCUGGAUCAUCAGGGAUGUUUAAGGAUUAUUAUAUGAAACCUUAUAAGAAGAAAGAACUACAACCAAUCAAGUCAGAACAGAAGCGAGCAAAAAGGUCAAAGACCGUUAUGAAGCCCGAUAAAUUAGACAAUAAAGUUAAAAGAAUUGGGCCACACAUAGAAAUUUACCAACUGUUCCAGGGAAGAAACAAACUUGUAUUUACUAAAAGAAUUGUUAAACUGAUCACCAUCGCACAAGCAUUUAUCAGGGGAUGGCUUGAACGUAAAAGAUUUCAAAGGAUAAAGACUAAGUCUUCGUGUCAUGGACCGAGUUUGAAAGCAGUCAUCACCAUGUACCAGUGCUUGAUCCACCGUAUUAGACAUCGCCUUGGUCUUUGGAGGACAAGACAGAUUAUAAACUUUGGAGAGCUAGAGGAAUGGAUGGAUAGGAAAAAAUUUUAUGAAACCAUGUUUGCCAAGAGAGAAGACUGGCAAGGGCUAGAGAGAAGCGAGCUGCUGAAGUACUUCAAUGAUUGUGGUCAUUUCCCCACACAGAAGCAGAUUGACGAGUACUGGGACCUGUUCCACAGGCAUAGCCAAGGAAGAUACUCUGAAGUAAUCAAAAAGUCCAAUGCAAUAGAACUGUUAUUUACACUCUACCCUCCUCAGGGAGCCAAAGUGAACAUUAGCACAAGACUCCGGUCCACGUGGCUGAGGCCUAUAGUGGAUGGAGAAGAAGGCUAUAAGUACAUAGUGAGUGGACAUCCAAUACUGAAGAGAGCUAACAUCCGGACUGUUGGCAAAUUGGUGGCUAGAUCCAUAAGAGAAAGGAAAAUGAGACAAUUUUAUAAAUUGUGAGAAGUGAAGCAAGUUUUCAGUGCAGCUCUCCUUUAAAGAGUUGAACCGGUCUCCUCAGAAAUGUGUUAGUGAUGACCACAGAAUGAUUUGGUAUCAACAGGGCAAAAGACUAACAUCUUUGCAUAUGUAAAAGGGGACUUGGACAAGUUAGUUCAUCAUGUGUAAGUGUGUUUGGAUGCGCCCUCUUUGUCUUCUUCAUUAAACAUCAUAAUGAAGUGAA